CCGCUGGCGACAUGACCAGCCACCCCUCGUCGGCGCGCAAUGGACUCAUCUGACGGCUCGUCUGUCUGGGUCUGGCUGGCGGUCUUCCCGGCUCGCCUACCGUGUGUUGUGUACCGUGCAGCUUGGGGAGAUGUUUGCGCCGGUGUUUGAUCUUCCACGCCACCGUGCCAUGUUCCACGGCUCUGAAAGAUAUCGUCACGCAAGGGCAUUAUCACCGGUGGAAACCUAUGCGUUGAAGUCAUUUAGAGAGAUCGCGCUGUGUCUAUGAAAAUAAUCUGUUACUAAGCGGAAAGGAUAUUGCAAAGUAGGCCUAGCCAAAAGUCACCAAGUGCUUGAUUUUUGCGUGCAAACGACGGCUGCAUCGCUUUGAUCGCUUCCUGGGUGCCUUGUCUGCAUCGUAGACGCAAUCUCAUCAUCUGUCGCCCCACGUUUCGCGACGUCAAGUGGCCAACGCAAGGGCAGCACCGUUUCACGCACGGCUUCGAAGAGCAGCGGUGCUGUCGUUUAUUCGCUUCGUGACACUGGAAACCGUGCUAUGGAUAAACGUCGGACUCACAGUCGUGAUAGUGAAAAGCGUAUUUCAUGUUGGCAGCAGUAGAAGAGUUGUUGUAGAGCUGGCGUCUUUCCUCACGAAGAUGCAGCCCAAUUCUGGCGACGUUUUGACGGCCCUGUGAACGUUUGCAAACCGCUAUGAUUCGCUUGUGAGCGUCCGACGACACACCUAAAGAAGCACGUCUUCUGCAAGAUGUUUCUGCCUUGGUUUCUACUAGUGACCGAUAUUUGCAUACUCGGGUUGGGAUCAGUGUCUGCAGAAACUCUCUGCGCAUUUGCACGGCAUGCUACGGUGCGGCAGUCAAAGGCAGAGACCACGGUCAAUGGACAAAACAUUGCCGAUGUGGAAUGGGGCCCAGGUGCUCACGAUGCUCUAACUUCAAUGCCCGCAGCAGAACUGGUGGACAAUUCCACCGAACGUUGCCCAAAGGACUCGGAUUACUGCUAUUCACUUUGGUUGGAAGACGGUCCCAAUAGGACGACCAUUAGUAUACUCACUCAAGGUUGCUGGGGCGCAUCUGGAGAAGCAGACUGCAAGUCUGAUGCUUGCAUAUCCACAAAGAAGCCUUCCAAAGCACUCAACAACACCAGGUUCUGUUGCUGUUCAGGCAACUUCUGCAAUGUAAAUGUCACAGAUGGAUAUAUCCCGGAGGAGGAAGAUACCACCAUAGCAUAUCUUCCAGAAAGAUUCACUGAAGAAGAGGACUACAAGACCAUAAUCAUAUGCUCCGUGCUUGGCGUUCUGGCUGUGUUUGGGUUCGGUGUCUGCAUGGCAUACCGCUACUUUGUUCCGCGGGAGAAGCACGGAGCUGAUUCUGUACACCUUAUGGAGGCACCUCAGCCACCGUCACCUGCCUUCGACCCUGAGUGUCUCAAAAUACAGGAAACCAUUGGCAGGGGACGAUAUGGAUCAGUGUGUAAAGGCUCCCUCAAUGAUCACACUGUGGCAGUCAAGAUUUUUGCCCAACAUCACUACCAGUAUUACCUUAACGAGAGAGAUAUUUACAAGCUGUCAAGUAUGGACCACCCAUCCCUUCCCAAGUUAAUAGGUUCUGAUGAAAGGAUUGGACCGGAUGGACGCCGAGAAUGGCUCUUAGUCAUCACACACGCUCCCUGUGGGUCCCUACAGGAGUACCUGCGACGUUCUUGCAUCGAUUGGAAUGCCCUGUGCAAAAUGACUCAGUCGAUAACAAAAGGUCUUGCAUUUCUCCACACUGAAGGCAAAAACAAGCCCUGCAUAGCUCACAGAGAUCUUACCUCGCAGAACAUUUUAGUAAAAGAAGAUGGUAGCUGUAUGAUUUGCGAUUUUGGUUUUGCAAUUCGAAUUUCUGGCUCGAGGUAUGUCGUGAACGGUGAAGAGCAGCAUGCUGAAACCACAUCCUUAGCAGACGUUGGCACUCUAAGGUACAUGGCUCCAGAGGUCUUGGAAGGUGCAGUGAACCUGAGGGACUGUGAAUCAUCUCUGAAGCAGGUUGAUGUUUAUGCACUUGGGCUGGUAUUUUGGGAAAUUGCCACACGUUGUUCAGACCUAUACCAAGGCAUGGGUGUUCCUGAUUACAAGAUGCCAUUUGAAGUGGAAGUUGGUGUCCAUCCGUCGACAGAACAGAUGCAGGUCCUGGUAGCACGGCACAAAGCUCGUCCAUUGUUUCCAGAUAUUUGGAAAGACAGUAAUCAGGCCGUGCGUGCACUGAAAGAAACUAUAGAAGACUGCUGGGAUCAGGAUGCCGAAGCACGACUGACAGCAGUAUGUGUAGAAGAGCGUCUUAACGAGCUUCCUAUAUUGUGGGAACGACAUAAGGCUGGCAUAAGUGUGUCUGCUGUGAGCCCUACGGUCAAUCCAACGUCCACACAUCUUCGUGGUUUCUCCCUGCUACCUCAACUGGCUGACACUGACCAUACCCUGUGUAAUAGCCAUGCUAGGAACAGCACCACAGAGUCAGAGCACACAGGAGAAACCCUGCUUUCUCCAAGCAGUCCAGGCAUAACGCAGCCACCAAAAAACAACGCAGCUGCUAUUUCAAACUACCCCAUCCCACUGGUGCCCCUUCAACCACAUCAAGGACGAAAUCCCUGUAUGGAGCGCAACCUCAUGAUGGAGUCUUCAGAAGAGAUGUCGAUCAGUGGUAACACUCUCCUAGGAAACAACUGCAAAGACAUUGUCUUCCGUGAUUCCCAACCAUUCGAGUCACCGCUGUCAGAUGGUCUGGAAGGCAGUGCUCUAAUCUCGGCCGAUGUGCUGAACCGCUCUGCGCGGACUUAUCAUCCUAUACCCUAUGUGCAAAACGCGGUUCACGUAUCCGGGACCAUCCCAAAGCAGCCCAAUGUCCCAGGCAAUGGACACAAGGUUCUCGGAGGAGAGCCAAGGCCAGAGAAAAGGCGAGACAGGCUUUUUGGUGGUAUGUUUCAGCGUGACAGAUCCGCGGAAGGGGGCAUAAGAAAGGGUAUCAAGAGUCUGUUUGAGAAAAAGGGGAAGAGUAGUAAUUGCAGUAACGUGUAUAGGAAUACAAAGGUAACAAGUAACGCAGCAAACGACACAGACUGCCGCGCGGCGUUGCUAGGAAAGUGCAAUGAUGGGAAGUUUCCAAUGAACACUGAAGUUCAAAUAGUGAAUGGGAGCUGCCAAGUCAGGCCAGUGCACCUACAGCAUAGUACCGUCAAAGGAUCCCAAGCACCUCUUCGAGGCAAGGACAUCAAUGACAACUGCAAAGGUGCCGAAGAGAGAGUAUUGCGUCCCACUACUCUACCUCUCUGUGCGUACAUCCAAAGCACGAAGGCUGCCACGUCUAUGGAGGCGCCGCAGAGCGAAAGGUCUACGGACGGAGGUGACGAACACACAUGUACGGAACCUCGCCAGCAAGUGCAAGAACCGGGAACAGUAGAGGUAGGAGAGUGCGCAGAUGCCACGGGACAGGUUACGUCAAGCCGGCCUUUACAAAGAGACAGUGUGUCUGUGUGUGGAAGUGUUGACUCCAGUACGCAGCAGAUCUGCGUAGAAGAGGCCUAGAAAUGGAUGUGAUGUGAUGAUUGUUUUGAUAGUGAAGAUAUACAGGGUCGUAGAAAAAGGCAAACCUAUUUUGCCAAACAUAGUAGAAAGGAUUAUGUGUAGAAAGUUUCCUGGGAAAUCCCUCCGGAUGGGGAACCUCGGCUCAUAAGGAAAAUGUCUGAGCAGGGUUGGGAGCGGAAAACGCAGGAAAUGUUGUUUAUUUUAUGUUGGUGAUGUUUGUAUUAUUUGUUGACUUUGCUGGUGCCCCUCCCUCUCCCUAGUCCAAUCAGCUGUAAUUUGGUUCUUCUAACUUCUGCCCACUUUCUAAUCAGCGCACAGUUACACAUUCUUAUUCGAAAGCCAGUUGGCAAAGGGAACACACUGGAAAUAUGGUGUCAGGAAGAUGUAUUUACACAUAAUGUAAUGUAUGCUUUCUAUGCACACAUAAAUGCAUCUACUUGUUAGCUGUAUUGUGUAGGAGAAUCGUUCUUCCUUACUCCUGCCUUUGGCCCUUUCUCUCCAGGACAACUCAAACUGCAUCUCUAUUUCUUAACCUUGCUCCAUCUACUUUGUGUAGCAAUAGGACAUAAUGCAGUCAUGUAGCAAUUUUUUUUUUUUUUUUCAUUCUAAGGGACCUAUAUGUGUUCAUAACGACAAAAAGUGAAGCAUGAAAAUACCUGUCAAAGUAAAUAAUGUAUAUUUUCUUUACCCUUUUAAGUUUUAAUGCACAAACAACAAGAAUGUUAGAGCACUGCUGUAUUUAUGCCUACCUGAACAACUGGUUUAAAGUAACACCAGACAGAGUUUCACUAAAAUUACAAAUAGCUAGAAAAUGCAAAGGAAAAGAGGUAUAUCAUGCCCGUACACACAAAAAUGCGAGCUGCUGUCAGAAAGAGCACUUGCGAGAAAAGGAUAAAAGUCUCCAGACAACCCCAUGAAAUAGAUGGCACUCAAAUUAUAGUUAUGCCAUUCAACUUUUGUGUAUCUGCAUAGGAGUGCAUUGGAAAAGAAAUUAUAUUUUGAGUAAUGUACGUUCUUUUCACAUCAGUUCCCCGCAACUAAGCAAAAGGUUAAUCCGCCGCUUCAUAAAACGUUAACGGAGCAUGCACAAAACGGUGACGUAUCCUAUCAGGGCUUUGGCGAAAUGCUUUGGUUGUCAUUCGUCGUCUGCUAUCGCUAUGCAUAGUAUCGGGUUGCACAUUUUUGUGGUAUGAGGCAACAUUUCGUGAACCUAUAGAGCGGAAAACUGUUUGAUAAAGAUGGUAGUAGCAUGUUUGUUCAGCAGUUGCAAAAGCAAAGUACAACAAGGGGGAGAAUUUUGGCCUUCUUCAGUUUCCGUGUAAAGCGACUGAGCCCACAGCAGAAGAAGUCCAGUAUUUGCUCUCUGCUCAGGCACGGAACACCAGUAGUAACCUUGAUCCAGCCUUUGAUGACAGCUAAGUACCCCCAUGUAUGAUGGUUGCAUCCCGGACGCUCCGUGAACUUCAGAUUAUGUCCAGUUAACUCUUUAUGACAAACGGAGACAGCACGCGCAUGGUUCUAGUUCACGCCAUUAUUGACAACCACUCCAUUUCGCCAGAUAGCUGUGCGGUGGUGCCUCUCAGCUCUUUCUGAAAAGGCGGAUUGACAUGCCGGGUAAUUUGGCUGUUUCCUCAAACUUUACUGCACCACAGUAGCUCCCUUCUGGGAGGAAUCAAGUACAGUAUGACAUAUAUUUCCUACAUUUAGCAAAAAUGAGCUUCUCCUCUUUUUCUUCUUCUUGUUUUGUUGUUACCAUUUUACAUCUCAGUUCUUUUUUCCUUUUUUUUCAUGACUGCAUAUUAAUUAUGAAAUUAUGAAGUGCAGACUGGUGCUAUGCAGCUGGGCCUUGAUUCUGUACUGACUCCCACAGAGAAGUGAAAAGCUUGUACCGUAGUAACCUAUGGACUGAACUUGGUGCAAAGUUGUAGGCACUCUAUCCUACUGAACUGAAAUUUUCAUUCCAACAUUUCUGUCAGCUUUCAUUGUGGAAACGUCUGAUGGAAUGUCCUGGAAGGGACUAAAUAGAACACACGGCAUAUGAAUGCCACUAUUCUUUGCAUGUGUUCAUGUUAUGUGACAUUUAUUUUAUAGACAUAGAUUCCAAAUGAGAGAGGUAGCAUAUUCUAUGCUCUUCUUUGGUGCUGUGUCUUGCAAAAGAAACAGUUGUCUUCUGAUGUAUCUGAACUCAGUUUAAAUUUUUGUUGUUAGAAGGUCCAGCUGUAUGCAUACCAAGUGUCCAAAAAUAUAGAAGGUGCACACCUGCAACACUUUAAACUUGUUAUUCUCCAGAUAGAGAAGUAGAUUGCAUUUAAGUAAAGUAACAGUUUAAAUGCUGAUUACCUCAUGCUCAUUUGAUCAUUGUUCAAAAGGGAGAAGCCCCGUUGAAUAAGGAUUACAUAAAAGUGUGGUGUCCUCUUUCUUGGAGUUUUGCACUGUACGGCUAGAGUGGCUGCCAUAGACCUGUGGAAUUCGAAAGCUCACCUCUGCCCACUAACAUAAGAUGGAAGUGUAUAAUAAGAUGGCCUAAUAAGCAUGAAUGUAGGGAGGGAGGUGGUAGUAGCUGUAUAUAUGUAUGUAAAAAAGAAUGCUGCACAAAUAUGUUUUUUUUUUAUUUACUUCCAUGCAGGAUGGACGGUUAGAUACAAGAAAGUGCAGGCGGGGUGACCCUUACAAAAACUGCUGCUCCAGAAGUUAGUACAUGAAGGCAAGGGUCAUGCAUAAUAUCGAGCUAUUAUGCAUAUAGUCAAUUAUAGUCGGUUAUAUUUUGGUCAUCACUGUUAAUGGCCGAUGGAGAGAAAUGUCAGAGAAAAAAACAUAUUUCAGGAUACCAGGAGGUGGAUUUCAGGAGGGUGAUAAUAAUCAAGAAUGCAUGUGAAACAUUCUGACUAGUGGUGCAACAACUCGUGAUUUGGAAGCACCUGCAAAAACAAUUGCCGCAUGUCCUAUCACUCACAUUUUCCGAUAUUGUUUUCUUUACUUCACUUUUGUUUUCCUUUAUAAAAUUUCUCAUCCACCAAUACGACUACUAGCAUAGCUAUGUGAGGACCUUAAGAUGCCCUACGAAGUUCACCAGUGACAAUGAAAACUCAAGUUGUAGGAUAUUGUCUGUAACAUAAUGCCAAUUCACGAUCUCAUUGAGUGAGGAUGAAUUACCGGUGGCACGUCAUUAAUCAGACUUGUGUCAAAACACAUCAGCGGUUACAAUUUGGUUUACCUCAUAAACUAUGAACUCUGAUUGGACCUACUGGAUGUACAUUAUGCGCCACAAAAACACUAGCACAUGAUGCCCUUUCACAUGUAAAUUUUGAUUCUGCACUUAACUCGUACUUCCACACUCGAGAUUAUGUGAAAAAAAUGAAUGGUUUACAAAGAGCUUGGGACUGACUCGCCAGCUGAUUUGAGCAUUAGAUGAAAUGUAACAGGUGUUAGUGGUAGCAUAGAAGCAGUUUAUAGAAUUCUUUCAUUCGUGUGAAUGUUGUCCAUCCUGGUUCGCAGACGAGAGUUUUGCACUCCAGCCUGCAGUUGAGGUAGCAUCAUUAGUUUUCAUGCGUGUCAUUCUUCUACUAAAAACGUGUUAGACACCACGACCAUCUCAGUACACUGGUAGACAUGUGUUUUGAUUGGGAGGCGUUAAGAACGAAUCACACUUCAGAAUGGUGUGCUGCAGAAUUCCCUCAUUCAUUGCCCUCCUGUUCAGUAUUGCUGUUUUCGUGCUGGCUGACUUUCGUUGAAAUAUGUAUCUGCCCACAGCAGAGUUAAUUGGAGGUCCUCUGCAUAACCAGAGAAGUGUCCAAAUAACGGAAGGUACUUUGCGUAUUACAGUCCCCCUUUAAGCAUGAACUAAGGAGAUCCUAAUUUUUUGGUAUUUUUAGAAUUGGCGCCAUAACGGAGCAGUUUUAGCACCCAAAUUCUCGUGCCAUACUUAAUGUUUUCUGAACUUCCACUUCCAAAGUGUAGAACAUAAGGUGUCCUUCUGCCCAAUGACACCGCAUCCACCUGUCUAUAAUGAGACCACUUAAGUGAUGUGCUUCUCUUGGUUCUUCAGUCUGGAGGACUUCUAUUGGGGGAAACUGUAUAUAUAGUGAUAUUCGUGGUGGACAAUUGAGUCAACUCCUUAAUCAAUGUGUUCCACACACUGACUCUGCCUUUCUUGUGUCUCACUACAGUGAUACCAAUCCUGAACAUGUUCUCCAUUUAUUUGGUGUGGAGAACCAAGCUGUGAUAAUGCUAAUGAAGGGAAUCAAUGGCCCCCAUUUGUUUACAAGGGCAAUGAGGAAUGCUCAUGUCCGGGUGUUCAUCUCGGUGGCUGAAGAGCAAGCAUGCACAGGCCAUCUUCCACAUGCGCAAGGAAACAAAACAAUUCUGCUGAUGUAUCUUUUUAAUGGAUUGAUGGGUUUUCUGAGUGGGAUUACUGCCCGAAUUGGAAGCAAUGAAACAGUUGUAUAUGCAUUAUAUUUUAGACUGUGCCGGAUUCACCACACUUAUGCUUGCCAUGUACCAAACAUGCCAUGUGCGUAGCUUUCUACAUUAAUUGUAAUAGCUUGUACAGUGUGAUGUACGAGGCAUUUUAUGCUAUGGCAGGCUUGCGCACAUCACAUCAGGUGUGUACUGUGUAUGGGUGACUUCAAGUAAAUAUCAAGGUACUUUGUAUUUCUUUUCAUCAGUGAAGAGCGACCAAGUACUGCGUUGUGGUACAUUGCUUUUUUUUCUGUGCAUUGCGGUCAGGUUACUGAGUGCAGCAGAUUUCAUACAAAGUUUUCCAUUUGGUACGGUAUUAGAGGCCCACUAGCCAAUGAGAUAGAAAUGCAGUUGGUGAUAUCAUGGGACUGGAAAGGCUGUACUAUUAUUCAAAGUUUCAAAUACUAGCUGGAUUACACAAGACUCUUGUGAAUUACAUCAAUCAGAAGAGACAAGGUUUUUCCAGUUCCUCUCAAGGCAGAGCGCUGCACUUGCAAUCUUAAGCAUGCAUGUGUGCAAGUAUGCAAACAUAAAAUUUUUCUUGCAGUGCGAAAUGUGAGGCAAAAGAAACUGGCAAUACUUCUGAUAUAAAGAAGGUUACCAUUUUGUUGGGGAAACAAAGAGUCCAUGCAACAGUAUCUUGAUCGUCACCACUAAGCGAACCAUAGCACGGAAAGAAAGUUUAGCCAUACAGUGCAUAUAUAGGGUCUGACUUUUUUGGGUGAUAACCAAACAUCUACCCAUGAUGGAUUUUGAUAUGGGCCAGAUUCCACGUGAUCCUUCCCAAAUUAUGUAUUGACUGCUGCAGUAUGCAUUUGCUUCAUAUGUUCGCGACACACCUCGCUAUAGUGUUGUACAACACUUUAAGUUGCAUAAUCGAGUCAAUGUACAAAACAUGCAUGCAUUUUCCCACAUGCGCCCAGUGUGGUAUGUGGCUCGGUGCAAUGUCGACUAAAUACCUCUUUUGACUCGAACAUGAUACAUAGCGUGUGAACACACAAGUAUCAACAGAUAUGCAGAAAAGUACAUAUUAUGUAACCCAAAAAGUCCGGCCCUGUGCAUAUUCAGCUGUAUUGGUUCCUUACAAAACGUGCAAGCAUGAAGUGUGUACUGAAGUACUCGUUGCAUGUUAGCGUAUACUGCCUCUAAGUCUUCUGGAAAAUGUCAGAGGUAUCAUUUUGUGAUAGUAGAUAAGCUGCAUGAAACAAUUAUUGGUCGUGUGAGUGAUAGGCAAACGGUUAUAAAAGAAAAUGAAAAAUGUGUUAUCCUCGUGUCUUUUAUCAUAUGCGAAAUAAACCUAAGUUUUGAAAUUUGA